UGUUGUGUCCUUGACGACCACUUCAUCACUCAGCUUCAGGAACCUUAGAUUAUUGGUACAAACGCACAGCAGCCAGGCGUGCGUUUUGGUAGUUUUGGUCCCAGUGACACAAACUAGCAAAUAAAAGUUUGAUCAUUAUUUACGCGCAUCGAUACCUUGUGACAAACAUACACUUCGUCCCUGAUGUUAACAUUAACGCAAAUUUUUACGUGCUCUUUCGGCUCUCAACCGCUAACCCAUUUAAACUCUAUUCGCAGGUGCUCCCUUUUGUUUCAUUUUCCAUCAACUAACUAAAAAUGGCUUGGAGGUCAAAGGGUUUAAAUAACGCCGAUCUUAUACGGCAACUGCAAGAGUAUAACAUUAUUAAAAGUAGUGCAGUAGCGCAAACGAUGCUGGCGACCGACCGCCGACACUAUGUACCGCAAAAUUUGAAUCCUUAUAUCGAUUCUCCACAAAGGAUCGGACAUGGAGCAACCAUUAGCGCACCGCACAUGCACGCCUAUGCACUCGAGCUACUUGAAAAGUACCUGAAACCCGAUAGCAAGGUACUGGACGUCGGUUCCGGGUCGGGCUAUUUGACCGCUUGUUUUGCCCGUUACAUCCAUCAGCAGCCGAACGCAACGGGCGUUGUAGUCGGCGUAGAGCAUCAUCCUCGUUUGGUGGAGCUGGGCCGCAAAAAUAUUGGUGAAGAUGACGUCUCGCUGAUCGAUACGGGAAAAGUAAUUCUGAUUGAGGGCGAUGGUAGAAAGGGCUGCAACGACCAUGCCCCGUACGAUUGUAUCCAUGUUGGGGCCGCUGCGCCAGAGACACCUGAAGAGCUCAUCAAACAACUAAAACCGGGCGGCAGACUGGUGGUUCCAGUUGGUCCCGAUGGAGGGACCCAGUAUUUGGAGCAGAUAGACAAACGGCUCGAUGGUACGGUUAGCAAGACAAGGUUGAUGGGCGUAAUGUACGUGCCGCUUACGGAUCUCAAGGCGUGAUGUAGUGUUAGUAUGCUGCUUUAUUUGCUCUCAAGACUGUUAGUUCUUUUUCUAGUAAUUUGCUUUGCAUACAUUGCAUUGAGAUCGUUGCUUUAGUGGUACUUGCUACAAUACAAUAUCAAACUAUUUUUUUUUGUUUUAAUCUUAGAAGAACGGACUGGGCCGUAUUUAUAAUAUCAAACUAUUGUUUUUUGGUAAACAUUGUAUGUAUUUUGAAGCUUUACCUUUGUGAGGGCUCGUUGUUUUAGGUUUGUGUUGUACUUCGGAUGUUCUUUGCUUCUAGAUGAAACAAUACUGUUACAAUAAACGUACUUUCAGAACA